AUGGAUUAUUUAAAACAAUAACAUAAGAAUUAUGAGGUGAGCAUUACAAGCUGUAAAAUUUUAAUAUAAAUUUAAAGUAAAAUAACACGUGGAUGAAUAUUUACAUCCUAUUAAAUUGAAGAGAAAGCAUUACAUAAAUAAGUUCAAUUCAGAAUUACAAAUUGAAAACCCAUAGCCUAAAUAAGAAGAUAAAUAAUCUAUACAACAAAUUUCUGUAUAAAAAUUAUAGAGAAAAAAAUACUUAAAAAAAUUAGAUAUUUAUCUUGAGUUUUUUGAAGGAAUCAAAGUAAUAAUCAAAAUAAAUGUAGGAAUCUGAACAAUAAUUUGGUCAAUAAUUAAAUGAUUUAGAUAGUAAAUUAAUUUCUGAAAAUGAAAUUACAAUUAUUGAUAAAUAUACUGAAGAUGGAAACGAUAUUAUAUAAUAAUUAACAGGAAUUUAAUUGAGUUCUAAAUUGUUCUUGUACUUACCAUUUUGGAAAGACUAUAAAAAAGUAUUAAAAUAAAUUAGUCAAUGUCAUACUGAAGUUGCCUAAGACAUGGGCAAAGUGAGUUUUCAAUUAUAUUAGCUCAAAAAAGGAUUCCUUAAAGAUGUUGAAGAUAUUAGAAAAUAAAGAAAAAAAUUAAAACAUUUAACUGUUGAAAUUUAUUAACAUUACUAAAAGAUUCUAAAUGAAUUCAUUUAAAAUGAAAAAGAUUUAUAAAUUUUUACAUAAGCUCAUUCAGAAAUGCUCAAGAAAAAGGAUGAUCCUACUCAAAUCAUUAAAAGUGAAAUGAAAGUUAAAUUAUAAAUGCAAUAAUAAGAUAAUAUAAGAUUGAAAUUAACAGAUGCCAGAGAUAGAAUUAAAGAAAAUUAAAUAGAAAUCAAUGAAUUUAAUUAAAAAAUGCAAUAAUUUUAACUUAAUUAUGAAGAAUAAAGGGUUAUAUUUGUAAAAUAAGGUUUCCAAGCAUUCUUAAUAACAUCUGAAAAUUAUGCCAGUUAAUUUUAAACUUAUAUCUCCACAUUAAUAGUAAUUAUUGAUGAAGAUUAUUGUAAUCAUAAUUCAUUAAUUUAUUAGAUUAAAUAUAUCCUUCAAGAUAACAUAGGAGUCCAUAAUCACCUCAAAAGUAAUUCUUAGAAAAUUAAUAACAAAGUUAAAUACUUGAACUUGAUAUAAAUGAAUAAAUUAAAGAAAUUUAAAGGUAAACCACAUAUUAACUCUAAUAAUGGUAAAUAGUGUAAAAGUAUAAUGAAGAAUUGGAAUAUUUUUUUAGAGAUACAAUUUAAAUCUUAAAUCAAAAGUCUGUUGAUAAAGAUUUUUCACUUGUAAAAUAGUAAGUAGAAUAAGAAAAAUAAGAAGUAUCUGAUGUUUUUAACAUUCUCUAUUCUAGUUUAAUUAGUGUUAUCUAAAUAAUUAAAGAUUCAAAUAAAUAGCUAGUUGAUUAGAUUGAAAGAAAGAGAUAGGAUAUAGCUAAAUGUAGAUUAGAUAUGUCUAUUGGAAAGGAACUUGAAAUUUGUGCAUUAAGAGAAUUAAAAAAAUUGUAAAGUCUUAGUACUGAUGAGAAAGCCCUUGAAUAAUAUUAAAAUGAUUAAGUUGAUAAAUCUAAAACAAAAAAAGCAGCUUAACAUUUUCUAAAUGAAAUGAAAUAAAAUAUUUAAGAUGUAAAAUCCUUAAAUUUUGGUAAAUUUUAUGCAACAAUUGGAUAAACUGUAUCAAAAGUAUAAAAGAUGAGUAAUUUAAAAGAAGAUGAUCUAAGAGAAUAGUAGAUUAAAUUAAUGGAAGAUAAAAAAGCAUUAAUAUAAUUAUAAGGAUUUACUUUAAAAAAAAUGGAGGAUUUUCUUAAUAAACAUAGUAAAUUAGUAGCAAAAAUGAAAAAAACAUUAAUUGAAGAUUUAGGUAGAUUUGCUAUUUCAAUUUUCACUCAUCUAAGAAUGAUAGUUGAUGAAAGUAAUAUAUAUAAUUUAAAAUAGCAACUGAAAAUAUAUAGAUAAUGUAAUAAAGAGAAAAUUUAGAAAAUUAAAUUGAGUAAUAAGUUAUUUAAAAUGAAAAAGAGGAUCCCACUUAUCAAAAUGAAGAAAUUGUAGAGGAUCUACAUGUGAGUACAACAUCAUUAUUACUUUAAAAACUAUUAAAAGUUUUAGUAAAUGAUUGGAAGGAAAGUGAAUAUUUUAAAGGGAAAAUAAAAAAAAUGUUACAUAAAGCAUUCAAUAAGAAAAGAGUGAAUAUGCUAUCAGAGAUUACAGUAACUGAUUUAAAGAUUGCUGGAGAUCCACCAUCCUUAUCUGAAAUUAAAGCAUUAAGAUAAGAUGUUAAUGAAGUAUGGUUUUUUAAUAUAUCAUAGUUUUUGUGUGAUUUGGAUUUAUCUUUUAGAGGAAAAAUUUAAAUAGUUUUAAAUACAAAUAUCAUUAUAAAUUGGCCUAAAGAAUAUUAAGUACCUGUUGAAAUUAAAAUUACUAUCUCUACUUUUACAAGUAGAAUUAGAUUAUGUUUUGUACCUACUUAUCUUGGAAAGAGUUGGUAUAAUUAUUUAUAAUAUAAAAUUAAGGCUUUCUAUGAUAGGAUAACCUGUAAUAAAUUUAGAUAUUGAACCAACUUUCUUGUAGAAAUAUAAUAUUGCCAAAAUCUAAUAAAUUGCUGAUUUAAUAAGAGAAUUUUUAAUAGGAAAAGUAAAGUUAAUGACUUACCCCAAUAAAUUAUCAAUAAAAAUACCUUUAAGUAAGAAAUGA